CCACCCGGCUUAGCCUCACCCACUCGGGCAGCGCCCAGCUGCCCCGGCCGACACCCUUCUUCCAGCCCAGGUCCUCCUCCACCGGGCUCCUGUCCUCCACUCCCCGCCUCUCCCUGGCUGCCCACCAUGGAGACCCCUGCCCAGAGGAGGCCCCCACCGCCACCGCUGCUGCUGCUGGCUGCUGCCGCCCUUCUUGUCCCUGCAGCGUGGAGUUCUGCCCAGGGACCCCCAGCCACCUUUGGGCCCAUCUUUGAAGACCAGCCGCUGGGUCUGCUCUUCCCAGAGGAAUCUACAGAGGAGAAGGUGACGCUGGCAUGCCGUGCCCGGGCCAGCCCCCCGGCCACCUACCGGUGGAAGAUGAACGGCACAGAGAUGAAGCUGGAGCCAGGGUCCCGGCACCAGCUGGUGGGGGGCAACCUGGUCAUCAUGAGCCCCACCAAGGCCCAGGACGCCGGCGUCUACCAGUGCCUGGCAUCCAACCCCGUGGGCACCGUCGUCAGCAGGGAGGCUGUCCUCCGCUUCGGCUUUCUGCAGGAAUUCUCCAAGGAGGAGCGUGACCCAGUGAGAACCCCAGAAGGCCGAGGGGUGAUGCUGCCCUGUAACCCACCUGCCCACUACCCAGGCUUGUCCUACCGCUGGCUCCUCAACGAGUUCCCCAACUUCAUCCCGACGGACGGGCGGCACUUCGUGUCUCAGACCACAGGGAACUUGUACAUCGCCCGGACCAACGCCUCCGACCUGGGCAACUACUCCUGCCUGGCCACCAGCCACAUGGACUUCUCCACCAAGAGCGUCUUCAGCAAGUUCGCGCAGCUCAACCUGGCCACCCAAGAUGCCCGGCAUUUUGCGCCCAGCAUCAAGGCCCGGUUCCCGCCCGAGACCUAUGCGCUGGUGGGGCAGCAGGUCACCCUGGAGUGCUUCGCCUUUGGGAACCCUGUGCCUUGGAUCAAGUGGCGCAAAGUGGACGGCUCCUUGUCGCCGCAGUGGACCACGGCCGGGCCCACGCUGCACAUCCCCAGCGUCAGCUUCGAGGACGAGGGUGCCUACGAGUGUGAGGCGGAGAACUCUAAGGGCCGAGACACCGUCCAGGGCCGCAUCAUCGUGCAGGCGCAGCCCGAGUGGCUCAAGGUGAUCUCAGACAUGGAGGCCGACAUUGGCUCCGAUCUGGGCUGGGGCUGCGCCGCCGCAGGCAAGCCCCGGCCCACAGUGCGCUGGCUGCGGAACGGGGAACCCCUGGCCUCCCAGAACCGGGUAGAGGUGUUGGCCGGGGACCUGCGGUUCUCCAAGCUGAGCCUGGGGGACUCGGGCAUGUACCAGUGUGUGGCUGAGAACAAGCAUGGAACCAUCUAUGCCAGUGCCGAGCUGGCCGUGCAAGCACUGGCCCCCGAUUUCAGACUGAACCCCGUAAGGCGGCUGAUCCCCGCGGCACGGGGCGGCGAGGUCUCUAUGCCCUGCCAGCCACGGGCUGCCCCCAAGGCUGCCGUGCUCUGGAGCAAAGGCACAGAGAUCCUGGUCAACAGCAGCAGGGUGACAGUGACUGCAGAUGGCACCUUGGUCAUCAGAAACAUCAGUCGGUCUGAUGAAGGCAAAUACAUCUGCUUCGCUGAGAAUUUCAUGGGCAAGGCCAACAGCACCGGCAUCCUCUCUGUGCGGGAUGCGACCAAAAUCACUCUUGCCCCCUCGAGUGCCGACAUCAACCUGGGGGGGAACCUGACCCUGCAGUGCCACGCCUCGCAUGACCCCACCAUGGAUCUCACCUUCACCUGGUCACUGGAUGACUUCCCCAUCAACUUUGAUAAGCCCGGGGGCCACUACCGGAGAGCCAGUCCCCCAGGCCCCCCGGGCGGCGUGGUGGUGAGGGACAUCACUGACACCACCGUCCAGCUCAGCUGGAGCCGUGGCUUCGACAACCACAGCCCCAUUGCCAAGUACACCCUGCAAGUGCGCACUCCACCUGCAGGGAAAUGGAAGCAGGUUCGGACCAGCCCUGCCAACAUUGAGGGCAAUGCCGAGACAGCCCAGGUGCUAGGUCUCACGCCCUGGAUGGACUAUGAGUUCCGCGUGGUGGCCAGCAACAUCCUGGGCACCGGCGAGCCCAGUGGGCCCUCCAGCAAAAUCCGGACCAAGGAAGCAGCCCCCUCGGUGGCCCCCUCGGGACUCAGCGGAGGCGGUGGAGCCCCCGGAGAACUCAUCAUUAACUGGACGCCCCUGUCGCGGGAGUACCAGAACGGAGACGGCUUCGGCUACCUGCUGUCCUUCCGCAGGCAGGGCAGCGCUGGCUGGCAGACCGCCCAGGUGCCCGGCGCCGACGCCCAGCACUUCGUCUACAGCAACGCCAGCGUCCAGCCCUACACGCCCUUCCAGGUCAAGAUCCGUUGCUACAACCGCCGCGGGCAGGGGCCCGAGAGCCUCACCGCGCUGGUGCACUCGGCAGAGGAAGAGCCCAGGGUGGCCCCUGCCAAGGUCUGGGCCAAGGGGAUCUCGUCCUCAGAGAUGAACGUGACCUGGGAGCCGGUGCAGCAGGACAUGAACGGUGUCCUCCUGGGGUAUGAGAUCCGCUACUGGAAAGUUGGAGACAAAGAAGCAGCCGCUGACCGAGUAAGGACCGCAGGGCUGGACACCAGUGCCCGAGUUGCUGGCCUGCACGCCAACACCAAAUACCAAGUGACUGUGCGGGCCUACAACCGGGCUGGCACUGGGCCUGCCAGCCCCUCGGACAGCGCAGUGACCAUGAAGUCCCCUCCGCAGCGACCACCCAGCAACAUCUCCUGGACCCUGUCAAGCUCCAGACUGAGCAUUAAGUGGGACCCAGUGGUCCCGCUCCGAAAUGAGUCAGCAGUCACUGGCUAUAAGAUGCUGUACCAGAACGACAAACACCAGGCGCCCACGCUCCACCUGGCCACCAAGAACUGGAUCGAAAUCGCCGUCCCUGAGGACACUGGCCGGGCCCAGGUGCAGAUCCGGACCACGGGGCCUGGAGGGGACGGGAUCCCGGCCUCCAUCUACAUCAUGAAGAACGGAGACACAAGCAUGAUGGUGGAGGACUCGGCCGUCAGUCCCACGGCCCCUGGCGCCCUCUUCUCCGGCUCUGUGGCGGUGCUGAUCGUCCUGGGCUUCCUGGCACUCUGAUCUUGGCCCCCUCCCUCUCCCCCCGAGCUGGAUGCCCACCUCCAUGGACAGACACAACUCCAGCUGGCCCUGGCCCCUUCCAGCCGCCAAGGCAGCCCAGCACUGUGUCCUAGAGCAGCUGGCUUAAAGCACCGACCUUCAGUCGUGCCCCUGUGUGUAGGAGGUAGGGAUUUGCAAAUUCUGCCACAGGACAGGACACCCCUCGUGAGGAAUUUUUUUAGUGACUUCCAUGCUAACGGUGGCCUCCUGGGCAGGCUCUCAGCAGUGCCUGGGGGAAGGAAGAGGCCCAGGGGGAGAAGGGGCUUUGAUAAACACAACCUUCAGUCAGCAGAGAUGGCACCCAGGGCUCCGGUCUGGAUCCUGUCCCUCAGAGCAGCGGCCUGGCCCCACAGGAACGUGCUGUCAGCGGACUCUGUGACCAAGCAUUCUCCUUUCUCCUCGAGAGGGCUGGCAUGACUGGACCCUGGCAUUGACCUCCAAGACUCUGCUGCAGCGCUGGAGCUCCAGCCAGGUGUCUGCAGCCAGGAGCCAAGGCCUUCAGCCUCGGGGGAGGGACCUCCAGACUGAGGGGGUGGGGGGCGGAGCGGCUGAGACACCUGGGGACAGUGACGAGGCUUCUUCAGCCAACACUGCCAACCCGACCCUGUCAGCCCCAGUGAUAGAAGCCACUACGGGUGACUGGAUGACUCAAGGGCUCUGUCUUGGGGAGGCCCCCCCACCCCAAGACCCAUUCCACAUAGCCUCGCCUCCCAGGGUUUGGGCAGCACAUACAGGGAGACAGGAGGCUGCUCGUCAUGCCCUGCCCUCCCCCCUGCAGUCACCGACCCACCUGCAAGUCCCAGAGCCCAAUCAGACUGCUCCUGUGUGUGUCUCCAGAAGGGCAGGGGUUAAUAAACAGGACGUGCUCCCUUGCACUCCAAGCCGGAA